CCCUCAUUUUUUUUAUUUCCCUAUCUCGUCUUCUUUCUCUGCACCCCCUUGUUCCGUUGUUCGCAAUCCCAUCGUCGUCGUCACCGUAGGAGGCCCAGUAGAUCACCGGACAUGUCUACUGCCCUCAGGUCCUUUCACGUCAGUUCCCAACGCCUUGAAGGUAAAGUUGCUUUGAUAACUGGGGGAGCGUCUGGCAUCGGCGAAACCAUCGUUCGACUCUUCUUAAGCCAUGGAGCCAAAGUUUGCAUUGCUGAUAUUCAGGAUGAGGCCGGUCGGAACCUGUCUGAAUCUCUCGGCGGAGACCAACUCGCCGCCUUCUUCCAUUGCGAUGUCACCAUCGAAGACGAUGUACAGAAUGCCGUGAACUUCACUGCUGCGAAAUAUGGCACCAUUGACAUCAUGGUGAACAAUGCCGGCGUUUCUGGCUCCCGAGUUACCGACAUCCGGAACGCAACAUUCGACGAGUUCAAGAGGGUGUUUGAUGUGAAUGUUAACGGCGUUUUUCUUGGUAUGAAGCAUGCCGCACGUGUAAUGAUUCCUGAAGGCAAAGGCUCCAUAAUCUCAUUGGCUAGUGUGUCAAGUAUUGUGGGUGGAUUUGGUCCCCAUAGCUACACAGGCUCAAAGCAUGCAGUCCUGGGACUCACCAAGAGUGUGGCUGGAGAGCUGGGAAAGCAUGGCAUACGUGUAAAUUGUGUUUCUCCUUAUGCAAUUCCUACAAAUCUCUCAAUGGCUCAUUUCCCUGAGGAAGAGAGGACUGAGGAAGCUCUGAAGGGUUUCCUUGCAUUUGUGGGCAGCCAUGCCAAUCUCAAAGGUGUAGAUGCGAUGCCAGAGGAUGUAGCAUAUGCUGUGCUUUACUUGGCGAGCGAUGAAUCCAAAUAUGUCAGUGGCUUAAAUCUUACAGUAGAUGGAGCAAUUACAUGUGUCAACAAUACUCUUCGUUCCUUCGGUUGAUCUCAGGUUAGCUGAAAAAAAUUAUCAGAAGAGAAGUCCAAUAUUACUAUUUAACUCUGGCUUUAGGUUCAUCUUUUUUAAUAAAUGGAUUGUGGAUUAAUGUGCAUUUCCUAUUCACAGAUCAAAUAUUUGAAAUUAGUGUUAAUAGAUUGCUAAAUACUGUUUCAAAUCAAUGAAUUGCUUGAUCUGGUCUUUAUUCUUUCUUGGUCAAGACUUUUUGGUUUUGAGUAGGAUCACAUUAUAUGUCAAAUCAUUUAUGUUAUAGAAGAACCUUCUCUUUA